AGUCACCCUACCAGUUUUCAUUCCGUGUUCAGCGUUCGUUGAGCAAAGUUCCCGUGUUUGUGCGUUGCUCUUGCUUGAUCUUGACUUCAGGUCCCUUCAUCGUUGUUUCUCGCGCCACCUCUCCGUCGUCCGUCGCUUUCGUUUCGUGAAGUUCUGCGCCGUCGUCGGAUACAGCCAUUGAAGAAAGUGUGUUUUUGAACAGCAGUGCUAGCAAUAACAACAGCAACAUAUUGUGCACGCUAAUUGGUGUGGCCCGGUGAUUGAUGAUCACGCAAUUGUGCUGUUUAGUGCAGAUAUAUAGUGAGUUGUUUUUCGGUGCGUUUUUGACUAACUCAAGUGAAGAGAUUUGUAACGAGUUAAUCAGCUUGUGAAGUGUUUGAAAAGUUUAGCUGAAAGCUCUGGGUUCAACGAGGUACUCAGCGCAGAGAACGCAAGAAGAGAAUUUUAUGUGAUUUUCGGUGCAAACAAAAGUUACAAAAUUUCGACCUACAAAAUGCCGACGCUUCAGCCGCGGAUAGGUUUUAGUAUUGACUCUAUAGUAGGGAAUAGUACUCCCAAAACGCCACCUCAUGCGAUUACUAAGGUGGAUAACUCGCAGCGUUCGCCGAGUCCACCACAGUCCUACUCGGUCCGGUUGAAUCGGUUGCAGAGCCUAUCUCCGCCCCAUAACUACAGCAUCACUCGGCUUCCAGAAUCGCCGCAGAGUAUACCGGAGACUCAGACCCGAUUGGAACCUCAUCCUACAACCAGUCCUGCUCUACAGGCGCGGCUAACACCAGAUGAUCAUCCGUCAGCAAAGCGACCACGAAGCCCGUCGCCACCGUCAUCUCCUUCUGGCCCUAUGCCUCAACUAGGCGCUCCCGGACCAAUCGUAGUACCUGGGCUACCAGCUGGACUGAUACGACCCUUCCCUGUGAGUCCUCCACAGCAGCAACCACCUCAAAAUCCGGACAUAAAGAGCCUGCCACCGUUUAUGCAUACCCCGGAGAUGGUGCAGGCUGCGCACAAUCAACACUUCCUAGCCGCCCAGUUCCAGGCAGCCGCCCUAGCACAUGCUCAAGCUGGACAGCCUUUCCCGCCUCAUCCCGCUGCUGCUCACCUGCACAAUCCAAACCUUCCACCCCGGGAUAGCUACCCGCUGUAUCCAUGGCUACUCAGUCGGCACGGCCGUGGCGUCUUCCCCAUUGGAUUCCCUGGCAACUACCUCAUCCCGUUCCGCAAAUCGAAACGCGUCCGGACGGCCUUCUCGCCCUCGCAGCUGCUCAAACUGGAACACGCCUUCGAGAGCAACCACUACGUGGUCGGAGCCGAACGGAAACAGUUGGCCCAGAAUCUGAACCUCUCGGAAACACAGGUCAAAGUCUGGUUCCAAAAUCGGCGCACCAAGCACAAGCGCAUGCAACAAGAGGAGGGCAAAUCGGGCGAAUCCAGCGAUCAGAACCGUUCGACCUCGAGUCCAGCCUCCGGCGGAAGCUGCCCGGAAGACGACGAGGAUGAGUUCAUCGAUAUGGACGACUGCCCCAGCGACGAAGAGAACAUGCACCACAACGCGUGAGGAAGCCGGACGCUACUGCCGAAGCCUUCUUCCUAUGCCGAAUUUGUCGACGUCCAACGUAGUAAGCUGUGCCAAAUAGACUAAGCUCCACCACUCCACGCGCUCCAGUCUACCGGAUCUUAGUAGACUACGACUUUUUGCCAAUCGCAGUCUACCGGAGAACUGAAGCUGAACUCGCUGCCAGAGAAUGAUGAUUGAUGGCGAAAGUGCGUGUCCCCCAUGUAGAGAUAGCAGACGCCGUGUUGUUGAUCUUAAAUUGUUCAAUUAACCGAGUUACUCAGAUUUUUGCGAGGGCAAGAGGGAAAAAGCGAAUAGCAUUUUGUUCAGGAAGGAAAACCCGUUACAGGAGCUGCAAUUUGUACCAGUGAUUGUCUUCUUUAGCUAUAUGUAGGCAUUUGUUUAGCCCUAUUUCGAUUUAGGUAAGGUGAGAAAGAGAUUUUAUUUUAUCAUUGUUUGCUCGGUUUGCAGUUCCCGAGUUGUUGUAACUUGUGCGAGAGAAAGAGAGAGAGAUAGAGAGACAGACAUUAACCGUAAUGAGUGUAACGCAAGUGAGCGAUAGGAAAUCUGUAUUAAAUGUGUAUAUAAUGAGUACUUAAUAGCUAUAUAAUAACAGGAGGCUUAAAUUGACUGUAAUUUAAUUUUUAUUCUGCUCAUUUCGACAACGAUCAGAUCUGCAAACCACCCAGAACACUUCCACAUUCACGUGUCGGGAAACCAAGGCACAGUUGUAGUUUAAUGUAUGUAAAAGUCGCAAAACAGGUUGCGUUCUGGAUGCUGUAGAUCAACCGCGGAAAAUUGAUGAUGAAUGUGCUGAUGUAGAUUUAAGUUGAUCGUAUCGUAUAAGUGGCGCGCGGUGUAAUGACUGUGUAAAUGGUAUGGAAGUAAAUAUCGUUUGUAAAGCAAUUACGUCUACCUUCUACUAUCUAAUUGUAGAGUUCUCUUCGAUGGAAGAAUAGUGACAUUAAAAUAAACGCAGUAUUCCACAAUGAAA